GAGCCAGCCGUGUGCUUUCUGAAAGGGACAAGCUUGCAGCACCCUUUUCUGUGAUACCGUUGUCUUCCUCCCGCUUGCUUUUUCUUUCUCCUCUUUUCCCUUUCUCGCUUCAUUUGCGGUGCGUUGGUGUUCCCUCUCCUCUACACCUUCGUUUCCCUCGCCCUUCGUCCUCGGCCAGACACGGCAGUCGUAGCGUGGCGACCAUGGCACCAGGACUUACUUCUCCACAACCUGCUGUGUCGAGCGAUGCGCUCAAGUCGCUCAAUCAAGUCACGGCCGACUACGACGAUACGCUGCGCUUCUACCUGAAUGGAACAAAGGUCGUGUUGGAUACUGCAGACCCUGAAGUCACUCUGCUCGAGUAUCUGAGGGGAAUUGGGUUAACGGGCACGAAGCUGGGAUGUGCUGAGGGCGGGUGUGGUGCGUGUACUGUGGUCGUAUCACAAUUCAAUCCGACUACAAAAAAGAUCUACCACGCCUCGGUAAACGCAUGCCUAGCGCCCCUUGUCAGCGUAGACGGAAAGCACGUAAUAACUGUCGAGGGAAUUGGCAAUGUCAAGCGACCACAUCCGGCGCAGGAACGCAUAGCCAAGGGCAAUGGCAGCCAGUGCGGGUUUUGCACACCAGGCAUCGUCAUGUCCUUGUAUGCUCUACUCCGUAACAAUGUUGGGCCGUCCGAACUCGAGGUUGAGGAAGCCUUUGACGGCAACCUUUGCAGAUGUACGGGGUACAGGCCAAUAUUAGAUGCAGCGCAGAGCUUUAGCGUUCCCAAUGGCUGUGGUAUGGCAAAGGCCAAUGGUGGCGGCGGAUGCUGUAUGGAGAAAAACGGCGGAAAUGGCGGAGGAUGCUGCAAGAGUAAUGGGACAGAUGGGGAGGAGCAACCGAUCAAGAGGUUCACGCCGCCUGGAUUCAUCGAAUACAAGCCCGACACAGAACUCAUCUUCCCUCCACAGUUGCGGAAACACGAGUUCAAGCCUCUGGCAUUUGGAAACAAGAAGAAGAGAUGGUAUAGGCCGACGACUUUGCAGCAAUUACUGGAGAUCAAGGAUGCGUAUCCCUCAGCAAAGCUGAUUGGUGGUUCGACGGAGACACAGAUUGAGAUCAAGUUUAAAGGCAUGAACUACAAUGCGUCAGUGUUUGUGGGCGAUAUCCCAGAGCUACGCCAGUUUAAGCUGCAUGAUGAUCAUCUCGAGAUUGGCGGAAACGUUGUCUUGACUGAUCUUGAAGAAAUCUGUAAAGAGGCUUUGACGCACUACGGACCAACACGGGGCCAGCCAUUUGCCACAAUCUUAAAGCAGAUUCGGUAUUUUGCGGGAAGGCAGAUCAGAAAUGUGGGCACACCAGCGGGUAACCUUGCAACGGCGAGUCCCAUUUCAGAUCUUAACCCCGUCUUUGUCGCUACGAAUUCUACGCUGGUUGCGAAGAGCCUCAAGGAGACAACGGAAAUACCAAUGUCAAGCUUCUUCAAAGGCUAUAGACAAACAGCGUUGCCACCAGAUGCAGUUAUCGCGAGCCUGAAGAUUCCAGUUGCACGAGAAAAGGGCGAGUACAUCCGCGCAUACAAGCAGGCAAAGAGGAAGGACGACGAUAUUGCGAUUGUAAAUGCCGCGUUGAGAAUCUCCCUGGACGAGCAACAUACCGUUGAGAGCGUGGACUUGGUGUACGGCGGCAUGGCACCCACAACAACACAAGCGCGAAAGGCAAUGGAGUUCCUCAAAGGAAAGAAAUUCACCGAGCUGCAAACACUCGAAGGAGUGAUGGAUCAACUUGAACAUGAUUUCGACCUGCGCUUUGGUGUACCCGGCGGUAUGGCGACUUACAGAAAGUCACUUGCACUCAGCUUCUUUUACAAGUUCUACCACGAAGUAUUAGCUGAGCUACACGCUGAAGAGAUUGAGGUCGAUACCCAGGCAAUCGGAGAGAUUGAAAGAGAAAUCAGCAAGGGAAAGAAGGAUGAGAAGGCUGCAGAGGCGUACAUUCAGAAUGAGGUCGGCCAGUCGAAGAACCACGUUGCUGCUAUGAAGCAGUGCACGGGAGAAGCGCAAUAUACAGACGACAUUCCAUUGCAACGGAACGAGCUUUAUGGCUGCUUGGUACUUUCGACAAAAGCGCAUGCGAAGCUACUGUCGGUAGAUGCGGAGGCUGCUUUGGGAUUGCCCGGCGUUGUCUCGUACGUUGACCACCGGGAUCUUGCCUCGCCCGAGGCCAACUGGUGGGGAGCACCAGCUUGCGACGAGACAUUUUUUGCGGUCGACGAAGUCUUUACUGCAGGUCAGCCAAUUGGUAUGAUUCUGGCAGACACAGCCAAACAUGCGGAGCAAGCUGCACGCGCAGUCAAGAUCGAGUACGAAGAGCUUCCGGCUAUCUUUACAAUCGAAGAGGCUAUUGAGCACGAAAGCUUCUUCAAUCACUUCCGUCACAUCAAAAAGGGAGAUACCGAAAAGGCAUUCGCCGAGGCUGACCACGUCUUCACUGGCGUCGCGCGGAUGGGUGGCCAGGAACACUUCUAUCUUGAGACGCAGGCGUGUCUGGCCGUUCCAAAGCCCGAGGAUGGAGAGAUGGAAAUUUUCAGUAGUACGCAAAACCCCGCUGAGACACAGGCCUAUGUAUCCAAAGUGGUCGGUGUCGCUGCUAACAAAAUUGUCACUCGCGUCAAGCGCAUGGGUGGCGGCUUUGGUGGGAAGGAGACACGUUCAAUUCAGCUCGCUGGUAUCGUGGCUUGUGCAGCGAACAAGGUCCGCAAACCUGUACGCUGCAUGCUUAAUCGCGACGAGGACAUUAUGACAUCUGGACAGCGACAUCCCUUCCUCGGUCGCUGGAAGGUCGCCGUCAACAAGGACGGCAAGAUCCAAGCUCUAGACGCAGAUGUUAUUUGUAACGGAGGCUGGAGUCAAGAUCUUUCUGGUGCCGUUGUCGAGCGCUCCCUUUCGCACAUUGACGGCGUCUACUCGAUACCCAACAUCCAUGUUCGCGGCCGCGUUGCAAAGACAAACACCGUCUCCAACACGGCAUUCCGUGGUUUCGGUGGUCCACAAGGAAUGUUCAUUGCUGAGACAUACAUGGAAGAAAUUGCGGAUCAUCUAAAGAUACCAGUCGAGCGGCUGAGAGAGAUCAACAUGUACUCUCCCGAAACAAACAUGGUCACACACUUCAAUCAGGAAAUCAAGGAUUGGUAUGUUCCUCUCAUGUACAAGCAGGUUCAGGAAGAAUCCCGCUAUGCUGAGCGUCGCAAAGAGAUCGAGGAAUGGAACAAGACACACAAAUGGAACAAGCGCGGUCUUGCCAUUGUACCGACCAAGUUCGGUAUCUCAUUUACCGCGCUUUUCCUCAACCAGGCCGGUGCGCUCGUACAUAUCUAUCACGAUGGAAGCGUCCUUGUCGCGCAUGGCGGCACAGAGAUGGGCCAGGGACUACACACCAAGAUGACACAGAUUGCUGCUCAGACGCUCGGUGUACCACUCCAAGACGUGUUUAUCAGCGAGACGGCUACAAACACAGUUGCAAACACAUCUUCUACUGCCGCAUCAGCGUCCUCUGACCUGAACGGGUACGCCAUCCAUAACGCGUGUGUACAGCUGAACGAGCGUCUUGCUCCAUUCAAAGAAAAACUGGGACCCAAGGCGACUAUGAAGGAUCUCGCCCACGCAGCGUACUUUGACCGCGUCAACCUCUCUGCUCAGGGGUUCUACAAGACACCCGACAUUGGCUAUGUCUGGGGUGCCAACACCGGACAGAUGUUCUUCUACUUUACCCAGGGUGUUGCUGCUGCCGAAGUCGAAAUCGAUACCCUGACGGGUGACUGGACCUGUCGACGCGCAGAUAUCAAGAUGGAUGUCGGUCGCUCAAUCAACCCGUCCAUCGACUACGGCCAGAUUGAAGGUGCGUUUGUGCAGGGCCAAGGGCUGUUUACUACAGAGGAGUCAUUGUGGUUGAGAGGAACGGGUGGCAUUGCAACAAAGGGGCCAGGAAACUACAAGAUUCCUGGUUUCAGGGACAUUCCGCAGGAGUUCAAUGUCAGUUUGCUAAAGGACGUGAACUGGGAGAAUCUGAGGACUAUUCAGAGGAGUAGGGGUGUGGGUGAACCACCACUUUUCAUGGGUAGUUGCGUCUUCUUCGCCAUUCGCGAUGCUCUUCGAUCUGCUCGCGCACAGUUUGGCGAAACUUCGGUUCUGCACCUCACGUCUCCUGCCACGCCCGAACGCAUUCGGAUCAGCUGCGCGGAUCCGAUUUUGAAGCGCGCGUGGGUGGAGCCACAAGAGGGCGAGAAGAGCUUUUUCAUUAGUAUCUGAAGGAAUCAGAUUCUCAGGUGUUUGGGGAUCGUGUAUAGUAGUACAUCAUCAUUGCUUCAAUGGAGUACCGUGAUCA